CACGAAGACUGCACCUAUUAAGAUCUUCACUCAAAAUUCAAAGCAAGUUCCUAGAGCCGACUUGGAGGCAUCAAAACGCGUUAAGCCAUUUCUAGAAGAGAUGUUGGAAAAGAAGUACCCCUUCUUAGACUCUGACGUUCCUCUCAUGUUUGAGGAACUGAUGAGAUUGAAUCUUAUCAGUUUGCCCGAGUCCAAGCGACCCGAGGAAGCCAUGAAAGUUGAUGACCCCAAAUACUGCAACUAUCAUCGAAUUCUAAGUCAUCCCACUGAGAAGUGUUGGGUUCUUAAAGACAAAAUCAUGGCACUAGCUCGUGAUGGAAAGAUUGAGCUCGCCGAUUUUGCUGCAAGCACAAACCAAGUUGCCAUCACUUUUGGUAUGUUUUCUCCAUUCAUGGUCAAAGAUGACUCGAAAGAAGAGAGCAAGAACUCUCACAAUCAAAGAUUUCCUUUUACUAUCGAAGUGAUGGGGAACGACUCUCGUUUCAAGAAAAGCAUGAGAGAUAAAGAAAAUAAUGACAAAGAAGAUCCAUGGGUCUUAGUAGCCCGAGAUAAACAAAAUAAGAACCACAAACAUAAGCCACAACCGAUGAAGGUGGUAAAGAAAUGGGUCAAGCAACAACCGAUAAACAAGUUGAAGCAAAAGAAGCAAAGGAAAGAUCGUGUUCGUUCCAAGGCUGCACGAAGGGUGAUUACUCUCAACGAUUUUAUGCCAAAGGAUUUCAAGAACGAGAUGGCUCAAAUUUCAAGUUCUUGUCUUAGCACCCAUGAAGAAGAAGUUGAGAGUUCAAGUGGAUGUCCAUCUCUAGUUUCGACUAAGAAAGAAGUGGUCGAAGCACAAAAAUCUACUUCAUACGUCACUGACAUUGUCUUUAAAGACAAAGAUCUCAUGUUGGGUGCUACUCCCCAUAACCGUCCGCUUUUUGUUGAAGGAUACACUCGUGGACAAAGAUUCAAAAGAAUUAUGAUUGAUCAAGGGUCUGUCGUUAAUAUUCUGACGGUUCGAGCUAUGAAAGACCUUGAUAUAUCAAUGGAUGAACUCUCCCAAAGCCGCUUGAUGAUUCAAGGCUUCAAUCAAGGGGGGCAAAGGGCGAUUGGAAUGAUACGUCUUGAUUUGACCAUCGGCGGACUAAAGGCAAACACUUUAUGCCAUGUGAUUGAUGCAAAGGCUUCAUACGAUCUCCUUCUAGGACGCCCAUGGAUCCAUGAGAACGGUGUAAUCCCUUCAACAUGGCACCAAUGCUUCAUGUAUGAGCAAAAUGGCGUAGUGGACGAUGAAACUCCAUUCGCAGAAGCCGAGACAUACUUUGCAGAUGCGAAGUUUUACCUAAAGGCCAAAAUUUCUAAAGAUGACAAUGCUAGACAAGAGGAAGAAUAUCGCCCCUUGAUUGGACCAAAGCUGAAAGGAAAGCUUGUUGAAGGCGUAGAAGGGCUUACAUUCCCUCUUGCAAAGAUUGAAAUAUCAAAGCAUCCUCAAAACACAUCUGAGGAGGAAGUAAAAAGUGGGAAUGAUGUUAAGGCAAUUCAGCUCCCCAACACACGUACGAAAGAGGGAUUUGACCCGAACGCAUACAAGCUCCUUGCCAAAGCUGGUUAUAAUCCUAACGAACAAAAGUUAGGGAAGCUCAUCCCGGAAGCUAGUGGAGAAGGAACACCAAAGCAAAUAAACUCACGAGGGCAUGUUGGAUUGGGUUACAUUCAACCUAAACCUAUUAAGAUCCUCAUAAAUAGAGCCACAAUACAUCAUAUUAGUGCCUAUGAAGAAGAUGAAGUGACUUCCAAACUACAGUGCUCUAUCUUUGAUCGGAUUGAGGGGGCAAGAUCAAGGCCCGCUAUCUUUGAUAGAUUGGGUCUGAAGCCAAAGAAAGUUAUGAAGAAGACUUUACAAAGACGGCUUGGAACGAGCCCGAUGAUGAUCAAGUACGCUGAAGACCCAUGCAUGGGACAAAACUUCAAAAGAAAGACUGUUCACGAAAGAUUGGGACUGGAACAUGUAGACAAUAAAUCUGCUAAAGUUCUUUCUGGAAAGCAAAGUCUUAAAAAGCACAAACGUUCUAUCUCAUCUCGUAUGAGACAAGAAACCGAUGUGAAAGUAACCUAUGGAAGUGCACUCAAAGUCGAGCCAGUGACCAUUGUGCACACUCGUGGUCAAUAUGAAGGCCAAUAUGAAGAUCCAGUACCCUUGAUGUCGGGGUAGAUAUGUCAAAUAAAAUGUUGAAAGCCUUAAACCACCAAUGAUGUUGUAAGUGGCUAAACUGCUAAAAUAUCUCACUUUGUCUAUGGGUGAGCAUAAUCAUAGAUACUCUUGGCCCACGAGAGUUUAAAAUGUGUACGGCAAACUCUUGGCCCGCAUGAGUUAAAACUGUGUACGGCACCCCACCCCUUUAAAUUACCUAUUCAAAUGGUACUUUGAACUACGUCUGACUUGAUCUCCUUCAUAGGAGUACGUAGGAAGCUCAAAAGUUUCAUUUUUGAGUUCAGUUAUAACAAAAUAAAUCCCAAUUGAGUCAUUUUGUCAAAAGAAUGUCAGAAGAAGGCUUACGAAGAAAAGUCAGAUGAAUGACAAAGGCUUCGGGAAUCUUUCAUCUCCUCGUCAUCGGAAGUGGAUUGAGUUGAGCUUCGAACAAUAUCUCCACAACGCCGUCGCCAUCUCAACAACGGAGCAGGUGGCGCCGACGGCAGUAGCAUCGAUGGUACCUCUAAAGCUUUGAACAACACCGCCAUCUUCUUCACGAUGACAAAGGGCAACACCAUUGUUUGAAAUCUGCAAGACGGCUUCAAGCUCCGACAAGACUGCUUCAAGCUCCUGCUGGACUGGUACAAGCUCCUGCCGGAUUGCUACAAGCUCUGGGAAAACCAUUACAAGCUCCUUGAAGUUUCUUCACACCCAAAGUAGCGGGUCCUCAAACCGAUGAAGUGGUCGUUCUUCACACCCAAAGUAGCGGGUCCUCAAAUCGAUGAAGUGGUCGGUCUUCACACCCACAGAGUAGCGGGUCUUCAAACCGACGAAGUGUUCGGUCAUCACACCCACAAAGUAGCGGGUCUUCAAACUGACGAAGUGGCCGAUCUUCGCACCGACAAAAUAGCCGGUCUUCUAACCGACGAAGUGGCCGGUCUUCACACCGACAAUCGGGAAUCGGCAUAAUCCUUUAAAUUGGUGUCAUCCCAACGAAGGGCUAAACGGCACCAACGAUCGGAAAUCGGUUUUAUUCCUUAAAUCGGUGCUAUCCCAACAAAGGGCUAAGCAACACCGACAAUCGGGAAUCAGCCUAAUCCUUUAAAUUGAUGCCAUCCCAACAAAGGGCUAAACGGCACCAACAAUCGAAAAUCGGCUUAGUUUCUUCAAAUCGGUGUCAUCCCAACAAAGGGCUAAGCAGCACCGACAAUCAGCAACCGUCCUAAUUCCUUAAAUCGGUGCCAUCCCAACAAAGGGCUAAGCAGCACCGACAAUUAGGAAUCGGCCUAAUUCUUCAAAUCGGUGCCAUCCCAACAAAGGGCUAAGCAGCACCGACAAUCGGCAACUGGCCGAAUUCCUUAAAUCGGUGCCAUCCCAACAAAGGGCUAAGCAGCACUGACAAUCGGGAAUCGGCCUAAUUCUUCAAAUUGACGCCAUCCCAACAAAGGGCUAAGCGGCGCCGAUAGCAACAAAGUCAGCACCAUCAUCUCUUAUUCUGGCCAGCAAAGUCUCGAUCUCAGUAACACAAAGUAAAGCUCCGGUUCUUAUUGCCGAACGGUAGCACAAAGCCUUAAUUUCCAAUGAUAUCAGCUGGCAUCAAAAUCUUAUCUCCCAGCAACGGCCAACAAUCGAUCAGGCUCAGCACUAUCUCCGCCGCACGAACAAAUCUGGCCUGACACAGGAACUCUCCCUGCAAAACGCCGGACAAACACAAAUCUCAGCGUGAGAACCCCAGCAUCUCCUGUCAUCUUCUUUGCACGAGCAUGAGAACCCCAGCAUGAACAAAUUGGCCCAUCCUCUUCUUCUUCACGCAAACUGCAACAGAGAUUAAGAGACAUCGUCAACCACGGCAACAACUCAGUGAACAGCUACAACAACAACGACCCUCAACCUCGGCCAAAUCAUCAACUUCCGACGCCAACCAGCAAAGGAUCUUCUUCGGAUGGCCGCUAGCCCGCUACUUCAAUUGAUGUUUAACAGGUGUUUAUCUUGCUCAUGUGGAGGAUCCUGCUAUACGACCGAAGAAAAGAUAGUUAAAAAAAGAGAGAGAAAGCAAAGAAAUUAUACCUAUUGAAAUCUGGCCGAACUCUUAGGCGGAGGAGAAGAAAGCAGCCGUGCCUUCACUAUUUUGCAUAUGCUGAAAACGAAGUAUCAGCUGAUAUUUAUAGAUGUUAAACAAGAGUUUGAGAUCCGAUUAAUGCGAUAAAUCAAAGUCCCGGUAGAAUACAAAUUUAAGGACUUGGUAUUAGACUUAUAUUAGGAGAUACGUUAAUACUUCGUGUAUGCAGAAGGAAUUAACGUGUGAAUGGGUGAUGGUGUGAAUUUUAAAAGUUGAUUUGGACUCCACCAUAUUAUUCUACGAAGUAUAUUAUUUGGGCUCUUUUGAAAAAAAAAACAAAGCUGACACGAAUGGGCAGCCAGUUUAAUCUUUAUCGCAUUAUCCCAUCGGUUUGUGCUUUGAGCUAUUUGAAAAUAUGGUAGAAAGGAAGCUGGAUUAUAAAUGGAUUAAAU